AUGUUAGGAUCGUUGGAUGCUACAAAGCGAAUUCUGAAAUGUUUCACAUUAAUCAAGUAUCAACAACACUUCUGGAUGUUUUGCCUACGAAAUAAUAUAUUCCGUGUACAAGCGACACGAAGAAAACGAAAAUUACAUUCUAUAUUAAUGUUUUGUGGUGGUUUGUUAAGCAAACCGAUCAUAAAAAAUGUCCAUUGUAAGGAUCAACUGGUGAAAAUAGUAAAGGAAGAGAAUCCAUGGCUGGUUACUUCAUCGCCUAUUGAAGCAAUAUCAAACGAUCAUGGCUGUCUUGGUAUACGUAUGGUUAUAUAUUUGUAUAGAACAACUCUACGUGUAAUCAAAAUAAUUCUAAGGAUAGUAUCUUUAUCAUUAUUCUUCACUCCAUUGUUGAUUACUUCUCCAAUUGCGUAUUUUUGGAGUGGUUUUGGAGAACUGUGGUGGAGAUGGCUGUUGUGGAUGGUGCAGCGAAGUGGUCCGACUUUUAUCAAAUUAGGUCAAUGGGCAAGUACGCGGCGUGAUAUCUUUACAAAGAGUUUUUGUGACAGAAUGUCAGUUCUGCACACAAAGACGACAAGUCGUCCAUGGUAUCGUUCUCAGCAUGCACUCGAUCAGUUAUUUGGUGAUUCUCGGUGGAAAGAUUUCGUUGUAUCAGUAGAAACUGAUCCUAUUGGUUCCGGAUGUAUUGCUGAGGUGUAUAAAGGUAUCCUUGAUGUAUGGGCUUUCCAGGAGACUACAGGUAUUCAUUUACCGUUUACGAAGGACCGACAUGUUGAAAUCGCCAUAAAAACUGCAAAAGAUGGAAUCCGGGAAAGCAUUGAUAUUGAUCUGUCAAUAAUGCAAUGUGCUGUCCGUUUAAUAGAAAUCAUUAUGCCUCGACUAUCAUAUAUAAAUCCGGUAUCUUGUUUAAAUCAGUUCAGAGAAGUGCUUGAGUUACAAGUGGAUUUGAGAAACGAAGCAAGAGCUUUAAAAAGGUUUGGUGAUAAUUUCGAUCCUAAAAAAACAAGGGUACGAUUUCCUGAAGUCAUAUGUUAUUCUAAAGAUGUCAUCAUGGAAACAUUUGAAAGUGGGCUGUAUAUCAAUAAAUUAGUUACCGAUGAACAAAUGAUGAAGCAAAAUGAAUUGAAGAAGAAAGUUGCACUGAUUGGAGUUAGAGCAUUGUUGAAAAUGAUUUUUGUGGAUAAUUUCGUGCAUGGCGAUCUUCAUCCUGGGAAUAUACUUUUAAGGUUUGAUAACGAUGAUUAUCGGUCAACCAAAUGGUUUAAUUUUUUUCGAAUUUCUAUUGACAGAUUGAAAGAAAUACUAAACAGUUUUGUUAGUAUGAAAGAUGGUAUCCGAAUUUCAUAUGACGAUUGCGAUCUUGAUGAGUCUGGCGAACCCAUGUUGGUUAUAUUAGAUACAGGCAUUGCUCUUGAAGAAACACAAGAGAAUUUGCAGAAACUUCGCCUUCUUUUUCGAGCAGUUGUUGACAAAAGAGGUCGUGAUGUUGGUGAAUUAUUACUGCUACAUUCCCCAAAGCAGCAUUGCAAAAAUCCGCAACAAUUUUAUGCUGAAGUGGAUCAAAUCGUUCAAAUAGCACGUUCCAAAAACAAUUUGAGAAGGCUGAAUAUAUCCGAAAUGUUAAAUGAAUUAUUCUCAAUCGUAAGUCGUCAUGAAGUUGCACUGGAUCCAACAUUUACGACAGUUAUACUAGCAGUUAUAGUUUUGGAAGGUUUAGGGCGUUCGUUAGAUCCCGAUUUAGAUCUCUUUCAUUGUGCACGACCAUUUCUUUUUUCCAUGAUUUAG